GGGCACAGACACUCGAGCAAUUCUUGCAUAAUGCUGGCUGGCAUCAUGGCUCUGUGGUGAAGCAAGGUAGCUGUCAAUGGGGCGAAGCGCAGACAGCAGAUACGACAGCAGGGAACGCAGUCGCGGGCAGAACUUGAUCCUACGCCCACGGCAAUCACCGCAGGGCAGGCGAAGCUCAAGAAGCCCAGAAGGUCGAAGAGACGGGAGAGAUCGGUCGCGAAGGCGCGACUCCCGGCCCCGACGAAGGGAGCCGCGCGAGUCGCCAACGAGGCGACGUGACGAGCGAGACCGGCGCGACGAGCGGCGCGACGAGAAACGGGACGAGCGGCGUGGCGAGCGUGUGGAGCUUCGACCCUCACGCGUUGAGCGCGACUCGACAAAUCCAAAGGAUCCAAACUCAAAUCCGAACUCGACAAAGGACAACGGUCGACAAACUCAAACUCGAACCGAUGGCCGAAGAAGCAAAGAACCUCAAAGAGAUCAAGGAGCUGACAGAGCUGACAGGGCAAGAGAAGCUCGGCCGGCAGCAAGAUCUCCAGCUCGCAAGCCUCCAGCUGAUAGAUCUGAUAGGAAGGAGAAAGAUGCUGGCAAGAAAAGUGUGGCAGAUGGUGGUUCUGAAAUCAAGCCAAUCUGGACUUGCAAACAAUGUCGGACGUCCAUGUUUGGCCAUUUGGAAGAAUGCACCAAGUGCCACACGACCAAGCCAGAGCUGGAUCUGCGAUUUGUUCAAGUGUGGAACGUGCCACCAGAUGUGGCCAAGAAGACUCUGCAGUGGUUUCAGAAAAAGGCUGGGGGCGCAUCUGCAGAGCUCGCACCUGUGGGCGCCCAAUUGGUGACGGCUGCAGAAAUGCAGACGGCCAUUUUGGAAAUGAAGGCGAUUCCGGAGGCAGAAAAAAUGGUAGCAGCCAUUGAGAAGUGGAAGGUGGGAAUUCCGAAGAUGAAGGCAAAGGUCAUCUCUCAGCAAGAUUUUGAGAACUUCUUGGAAAAGAGCAAAACUCACCUGGUAUUUGUCAAGAACCUCCCUGAGGACAUUGAGGAUGAAGGUGACAUCAAACUCAUGGCCAAAGACAUCAAGAAAGCCACGAUUGGCACUCAUCCAACUCAUGGCAGGUUUGCAAUGAUUGAGGCUACAAAUCACGAAGCCGCCCGUGCUUGUGUGGAUGUGUUCAAUAUACCGCACAGUGGCGGCGUAAUGACUGCGGAGCUUACUACUGCAUACCAACAAGAGACGGUUCUCAAAGCCUCCAAGAAGG